CGAGAUUUGACUUGAAAAAGACUAAAACGAAAAGAGAGAAGAUAUGGCGAACACGGCUCACCUCGUUCGCCGGCAAAGUUCCCGCGAUCUAAAGCCCCAGAAAAGCAUCGAUAAGCUCGAAAUGAAAGAGAUGCGUGGUAGAUUAGUGGUGGAUAAUCGGAAGAACGUCGCCACUGUCAAUUACGGGGCCACUAAUGCGGCCUUCGAAGACACCAGCCCUAACAAGAACAAAAUAGGAAACGGCCCCGGCAACAAUGAUGGCAAGGCGACUUUUCGACCGGAAGCGGGCGAAGAUGAGCGUGAAAAUUGGGAUAGUAAGCUCACAUUUCUCUUGGCGACAGUAGGAUAUGCAGUAGGCCUUGGAAACGUAUGGCGGUUCCCUUAUCUAGCUCAGAAGAACGGUGGAGGCGCUUUUCUGAUCCCUUAUUUCGUGAUGCUGGCCAUCGAGGGUAUUCCUAUAUUUUAUUUAGAAUUGGCAAUCGGCCAGAGACUAAGAAAAGGCGCUAUUGGAGUAUGGAAUCAGGUAUCCCCGUAUAUGGGCGGCAUCGGAAUUAGCAGUGCCAUAGUCUCCUUUAACGUGGCUCUUUACUACAAUACAAUUAUCGCCUGGUGCCUAUUUUAUUUCGUUCAGAGUUUCCAAUCGCAACUACCAUGGGCAGAGUGUCCCAAUAGGUAUUUCCAAAAUGGAUCUUACGCACCUGAACCUGAGUGUUUGGUCAGUAGCCCUACGCAAUAUUUCUGGUAUCGAACCACUCUGAUGAUAUCUAAGGACAUAAAUACCCCAGAAGUGUUUAAUUGGAAAAUUGCUCUGGCACUAAUUAUCGCUUGGAUUCUCGUCUACAUGUGCAUGAUUAAGGGUAUCGCGUCUUCAGGCAAGGUCGUAUACGUAACCGCCACGUUUCCAUACAUUGUCCUGAUUAUUUUCUUCUUCCGAGGCGUGACGUUGACGGGUAUGUCGGACGGUCUGCGGCAUCUCUUCACUCCAAAAUGGUGGACGUUGACCGAUCCUGUAGUUUGGCUGGAGGCUGGAACGCAAAUCUUUUUCUCCUUAGGCCUAGCUUUCGGCGGUCUGAUAGCGUUCUCUUCGUACAACCCAGUGAAUAAUAAUUGUUAUCGUGACGCCAUCAUGGUCAGCCUGACGAAUUGCUUCACGUCUAUGUUCGCGGGAAUCGUCGUCUUUUCGAUCAUAGGGUUUAAGGCUACCAUGGUUUACGAACAAUGCUUAUCGGAAAAGAAUAACACGUUAAUGAGUAUAUUCGGUCAUGUCGAUAAAAUACCUGAAGACAUCCCGAUUGCUGGUACGCUGCUAAAUGUCACAGAUGGAAAUGGAUCACUAGAUAAUUUGAUAAUGCCAGAACUGCCCGAAUGCGAUUUGGAGAAGGAGUUAGAUAACUCGGCGUCAGGCACAGGUUUGGCGUUUAUCAUCUUCACCGAAGCGAUCAAUCAGUUUCCUGGUGCUCAAUUUUGGUCGGUAUUGUUUUUCCUGAUGCUAUUCACCUUAGGAAUCGAUUCCCAGUUUGGUACUUUGGAAGGUGUUGUUACUAGCAUCGUCGAUAUGAAACUCUUCCCGAAUUUAAGAAAGGAGAUUUUGACAGGUGUUAUUUGUUUGGUGUGCUGUAUAAUUUCUAUGGCCUUCGCUCAUGGAGCUGGCAGUUACGUCUUCGUACUGUUCGAUAGUUUCAGCGGAAACUUUCCAUUGCUCAUAAUUGCGUUCUUCGAAUGUAUAGGAGUGUCCUAUGUUUACGGUUUGAAGAGAUUCGCUGACGAUAUCGAAUUGAUGACCGGCAACCGGCCUGGCCUCUACUGGUUAAUAUGUUGGAAGUAUCUUAGUCCAUUGGCGAUGUUGAGUAUUUUGAUUGCGUCUUUUGUCGAAAUAUUUUUCGAAGGAAGCGGUUAUCCAGCCUGGGUGGCGAGUAAAGGCAUUACGGAGAGACAGGAAUGGCCCGUUUGGGCUUUAGUGCUCAUCGCCAUUCUUAUUCUUACUUCCGUUUUAUGGAUACCCGCAGUUGCUAUUUGCAGAUAUUUUGGAAUUCUCAUCAUUGACGACAACGAAAAGGCCUGGUUCCCCGCGGCGGACUUGAAAGAAUUCCACGGAAUUAUGCCGCAUGAAGUGACAAUGGCUGAGACAUUGCUGUUUUGCAUCAGGAGUGAUGGUUCCGAAGGAUUGUGCUGUCCUACGGGCGGUCCCAGUGACGAUGAAGAUGAAGAUCUCACCUAGGAUCAAUCUCGAUCGCGACGCGCGUUUCCGUGGAUGAUUUCGUCUCAAGAAACGCUCUAUCUCAUUCUGUGACGACCAUUUUCGACUGCUGCUGUUGCCGUUUUGUCGAAAAUGGCUGCAAUCCAUUUUGGUGAAUCUGGUCGAUUUGUAGUCAGCGCAUCCGCGUGGUAGGAUCUUGUCUAUUGCGUCAAUUAACGUAAGCUUCGGCGAUAGAAGCCGUUCC